AUGGAUGUGAAUAUAGAAAAUCAAACAUCUAAGGAUCAAUUCAUUAUCGUCGGGAUAUCAAGUGACCCAUGUCUCCAAGUCCCAGCCUUCCUUUUGGUUUUGUUCAUGUAUGUCUUCACAUUUGGUGGUAAUCUAACCAUUCUUCUUCUCGUCUGUCUCGAUUAUCAUCUCCACACCCCCAUGUACUUCUUUCUGGCCAACCUGUCUAUAGUUGACAUGUCUUCAACUUUUACAACCCUUCAUGGGACACUCAUUAACUUUAUAAUAGGUGAUAAAACUAUACAUUUUAUGGCCUGUAUGAUGCAGAUGUAUAUAUUUGCAGGCUUAACAUGCAAUGAACUUCUGAUUCUGAUGGUGAUGAGUUAUGACCGGCAUGUGGCAGUCUGCAAUUCUUUACGUUAUCAUGCCAUCAUGAGCCACAGGGUGUGUACAACCUUGAUUAUCAUGUGUUGGCUGGUGGGAUUUAUACAGGUUCUUCCAUUUGUUAUUGUGCUUUCCACUAUCACAUGUUAUAAGUCCAAUGUUGUCAACCAUUUCUUCUGUGAACCAUUAUCUCUUCAAAAGCUCCUCUGCGGUUAUACCUAUUACCUAGAGCUUUCAGUUUACAUAAAUGGAGUGUUUGAUGCAACAUGUCCAUUUCUUCUCACAUUCCUUCCUUACCUUUUCAUUAUAGCCACCAUACUGAAGAUCCGUUCCAACACUGGAAGACGUAAGGCCUUCUACACAUGUUCCUCACACCUCACGGUGGUCAUUCUCCUCUACACAACUCUUGUCUUCCAGUAUUUAAGACCACUCUCCAUGAUCAACUUAGACUCCAAUAAGCUUUUUUCGUUGUUUAACACGGCUGGUGUCCCGAUGCUGAACCCCUUGAUUUAUAGUUUGAAAAAUAAGGAUGUGAAGGCUGCUCUAAAGCGGAUGCUCAAUAGGGUGUAA